AUGGCCAGUGCCACCAACCCCACCACCACAACAGCACACUGGCACCCAUGCGGCUUGCUCAACAACCAGCCCAGCGCCGCCUACUCGGUGGUGAUUCUGAACCAGCCAGUUAACCGCAACGCUCUGAACGCGGUGAUAUCGGGGGCAUCGCUGCUGGUAUGUGCCGACGGGGGCGCGGAUAGACUGCUUCAUUACGAGCAGAUGACAGCAACAGCAACAACCCUUAAAGAGCCGAAUCAUCACGCAGAGAGCGAGUUUCGGUAUCGGCUGCCAGACGCGAUCGUAGGCGAUCUGGAUUCUCUGUCUGCAGGGACAGAGAAGCACUAUCGCGAGCGUGGCGUCCAGGUGGCUAAGGACCCGGACCAGUACUCGACGGAUUUCACUAAAUGUCUGGGGUGGAUUCGUGGUGAGGUGGGACGGCGGAGGCAGGGACAGCGCGGAUCAUCAGACGAGGAGGACUCGAUGGACGUGGUGGUAUUGGGCGGCCUGGGAGGUCGCGUCGACCAGGGGUUUUCACAGAUUCAUCAUCUUUACAUGGCGGACAAGGACCCACAGCUUUUGAAAGGUCGGAUCUACUUGUUGUCGGAACAGAGCUUGUCAUUUGUUCUCGCCAACGGGCAAAAUGUAAUACACUUGGAGCCUGGCUAUUUUGGGGAGAAUGUUGGUAUAAUUCCCGUGCUUGGGAGAGCGCUGAUCACUACCAAGGGCCUUGAGUGGGAUGUGGAGGACUGGCCCACUGAAUUCGGCGGACAAGUGAGCACCAGCAACCACAUACGAUCAGAUCUGAUUCAGAUCACGUUUGAAGGCCCCCAACCUUUGUUCACCCUCGAAUUGGAGAGCAAGCUCUCAGCCACGUCCGAAAAAUGA